AUGUCAGACGGCCCCAAAGCUCCGAGGAUAGCGAUCAGCUUCGGCGGCUCCUCGAGCUCAAAAAAUAACAAGAAACCUUCGCGCCCAGACCCACCAUCAUCACUUGGCAAACGGUCAAGAACGAAUGCGCUGAACAACUUUGACUCGGACUCGGACGGCGAGCGCGAUCAUGGCCGCGGACGGCACGAAGCGAUUACAGAAUUCGGCGGGGAUUCUGAUAGGAAACGAGAAAAGAAGCCCCGCGAGCUGGUGAUUGAGAAGCAAAGCAACCGCGACUGGAAGGCGGAGUUGCGCGGGCGCAGGGGAGGCAAGAAUCUGCUGCCUGCCGAGGUGCAGGCACAGCGAGAGCAAGAACGGAACGGCGCGCGGCAAGAGGCAGAGAGAGAACCCGCCGAUGCGGAGAAGCAGAUACAAUGGGGCUUGACCGUCAAGAAGCGCAAGACGAGCGAAGAGGAUACCACACCCACAGAUCAGGGUGAAACGGCAGCAGACGACGACAACGACGGCCAGGGCGGCGAUCGAUCACCAAAGGAGAAACGGGCACCUCGCACAGCGGACGAAGACGCCAUGGACGCCUUGCUCGGGAACAAGCGACAGGAGGAAGAAGACAUUGUCAUCCAGGCCACGGAGCAGGACGCCUACCUCUCCGACAUCAAGCACGUGGGCGAGGACGCGACGCUCGCCGACUACGACGCGAUACCGGACGGCGAGUUCGGCGCCGCGCUGCUGCGCGGCAUGGGCUGGGACGGCAAGAUGCGCGGGCCCAAGAAGAAGCAGCCGACAGAGAGGCGGCAGAACCAGCUCGGCUUGGGCGCCAAGAAGCUCGAGGGCGCCGAGGACCUGGGGCAGUGGAAUCACGGCGGGAAGAAGAAGAGCGGACGUCCGAGGCUGGACGACGGGUUUGGCGAGAGGCUGUUCCCUGUUUCAGGUCGUGGCAGAGUUGAAUAG